AUGCCACCAUGUUUAUCGCUGGAGGGAUCAACAACAUGUCCAGCAUUUUCACAAUAUUCUAUUUCCUCGGCAAUGUUCAAUUACGGCUCUGAUGGUUUAAAUUAUAACUGGCUGUUGGGAGCCAGUUCAAUACAAGAGUUUGAUUUAUUACUGCGAGACUAUGUUAAUAAUGAUUAUGUUAAAUCUUAUUACAUAGAAGGAUUAAAUUGUACAAAUUUCGAUUCAAAAAGUAUGUACGUUAGGUACACUACUACAAUGAUAUGUGCUAGAUUAGUAGAAAGUGUACCCUCCAGAAUGUGCCCAUCAGAAAAAGCAAUUGAAAGGAGAUUAAUAUGCAAUAAAACUUGUAAUAGUCAUUUAUCAUCAUUGAUAGAAUCUACAAAAAAUUCUACUAUAUGUCCAACAACAUCCGAUACUCCUACAAGAUCUGAAAGAUUAAGUCUUCUAAUUGAUUGGUGUGCCGAUGGAAAUUACACUGACACUUCACCAAGUUGUAUAUCUGGAGAACUAAAUGAGCAACUUAAUUGUGGAUUUCAACAAGAUGUAAAUUCAUUUUGUAAUUUUUGUAACAUAACCACAUCUGGUAAUAAUAAUCAAUGUUGUCAAAAUACAAAUACAAAUUGUCCCAAGACUAAUUUAUUAAGUACAUCAACAAUACCUGAUCCACCUUCGCAAUCACCUCAAAUAACAACACCACCUUCACAACCAAACCCGCCGCACUUAAAAUCAUCUCAAAUACAAAUAGAGAAAGAUGAUAGUAACAGUGUAUCAACACCAUUCUCGGAUAUAGGAAGUGAACUUGUCAUAGUGGUGUUUCCUUAUAGUUCACGACUUCCUGAUGAAUUAGAUUUGAUGCUUAAUGAUACGAUUAUUGUAAACCAAAUAUUUGAUGAUGGGUGGGCAGUUGGAACAAAUCAAAAUACUGGUAACAAAGGUGCAUUCCCAGUAGUUUGUGUUGCAAGCCCAAAUCUACUUAAAUAUGAUAUUUCAGAUAAUGUUAGUAGUAGUAAUUAUGGUAAUGAUAGUGGUGGUGGCAUUGGAGCUGGAGCUGGAAUUGGAGUCGGAGGAAAUGAUAAUAGUAAUUUUAUUAAUUCAUCAUCACUUACAAUUCAAUCAUUAGAAAGUGGAAUCAUAUUUCGUAAUACACCAACACCUUCUUCACAAUUAUCAGAACCAAGAAAUUACAACAGACUUAGUUUACUAUCGCACAGCGUAGAUAAUUUACCAAAAAGACAUUCAAGUAUAAGAAGAAGUGAAAAUGAUGCCAAUAAAGAAACGACAAAAUCUAUUUUUCAAGAGGUUCCACUUGCACCUCCAGAUGUUAUUUUCAAUCUUACUGCUUCAUAUAACGCAGAUACUGAUACUCAAAAAGUAAACUUGGGUGUUGGUGCAUAUCGUGAUGACAAUGGAAAACCUUGGAUUUUACCAGUUGUAAAAAAGGCCGAACAAAUUAUUAUAAAUAAUUCCACAUUAAAUCAUGAAUAUCUUCCCAUUACUGGACUUAAACCGUUUAAAGAAGCAGCCGUUAGAUUGAUUCUUGGUGAAAACAGUCCAGCCAUUAAAGAAAAUAGAAUUGUAAGUGUACAGACAAUAUCAGGAACAGGUGCAAACCACUUGGCAAAUCAUAAACCUAUUUUCAAUACAAUUGGAUUAGAUGUUGGGGAUUAUGUUUAUUAUAAUCCUUCAACAAUUGGAUUGGAUAUUGAUGGAUUAUUACAAUCCCUCAAGUCAGCACAAGAUGGAUCUAUUAUUUUAUUACAUGCAUGUGCUCAUAAUCCAACUGGCGUAGAUCCUACUCAAGAACAAUGGAUAUUGAUUGCUGAUGUUAUGGAAUCUAAAGGUCAUUUCCCAUUUUUUGAUUGUGCAUAUCAAGGUUUUGCAAGUGGUGAUUUAGAUAAAGAUGCUUGGGCUGUUCGUUAUUUUAUUGAACGCGGGUUCGAAUUAUUAAUUUGUCAAUCUUUUGCAAAAAAUUUUGGUUUAUAUGGGCAACGUGCUGGAUGUUUAACAUUUGUUCUUAAGAAUGCUGAUGCAGCUGCAAGAGUAGAAAGUCAACUUGCAAAACUUCAACGUGCUGAAAUUUCUAAUCCGCCAAUUCAUGGAGCUCGUAUUGUUAACACUGUGUUAAAUGAUCCAGCUCUUUAUACUGAGUGGACAGAAAACCUUAAAACUAUGAGUUAUCGUAUACAAGAGAUGCGCAAACCACAACAUGUUAAAGUGCUUAAAGAAAAAUAUCAUAUUUAUUUGGUUGAUAAUGGACGUAUUUCAAUGGCAGGAUUAAAUUCAUCAAAUGUUGACUAUUUUGCACAAGCAGUUGAUGAUGUUGUUAGAACUGUUUUGGUCCCUUGA